AUUCAGUCUCCACGCUAUCUGUCUUCUAAAAACUUGCUUCUUAUUUAAACUUUUCUACACAAUUGCAUAGUUAAAUGUUUCUAAGAUGUUGAAGUACGCGCACUUAAUCAGUUUGAGAAUGCGGACUGACUUGCCAUCGGAGAUUCUUGGUUCGCUCUCAAGGAUAAAUGCAGUGAAUAAAGGAAGCCAUGGUUUCAUUAGUAAACGAUCGAUGAGUGUUCAAUCGCAUCGCAAAUGUAAUGUGGUAGUUAUAGGUGGAGGAGCUGUGGGAUCAUCUACAGCAUAUUGGUUGAAAAAGCGGGCCAAUAGAGAUCUCAGCGUCAUUGUUCUUGAACGAGAUCCAACUUACAAAGAAGCGUCCACCGUGUUGUCUGUCGGUGGCGUUCGGCAACAAUUCUCCUUACCUGAAAAUAUUCAAAUGUCUUUAUUUGGCGCCGAAUUCAUACAAAAUUCAACGAAAUAUUUUGGCGAUGUGGAUUUGUGUUUUCGGCCUCAUGGUUAUCUAGUUCUGUCCUCUGAGAAAUGUGCCCAAACUUUGCAAGAAAACUCCAAGUUGCAAAAUGAACUGGGCGCUCGAAAUGAACUAUUAACACCAUCUCAACUAAUACGGAAAUUUCCAUGGCUUAAUACUGAUGACGUAGCAUUGGGGUGUUAUGGGUUCGAAAACGAGGGAUGGUUUGAUCCCUGGGCGCUUUUGGGAGGCUUUCGUAGCAGAGCGAAAGAGUUUGGGGCUGAGUUUCUGCAUGGUGAAGUUCUCAGUUUUGAUAUCUCUAAUAAUUCAGAAACACUGAAUUCAGUGAAGGUUAAAGCCAAAACCAAUGAGACUUGCGUUGUCGAUUUCGAUGUUUGUGUUUUGGCUGCUGGUGCUCGCUCAGGUCAAAUAGCCCAUCAGGCUAAUAUUGGCUCAGGGGCAGGUGCAUUGUCGAUACCAUUGCCCGUUGAACCACGAAAACGGUUUGUUUAUGUUUUUACUACACAGGGAGAAAAUGCACCCGGUCCAGGUACACCUUUAACUAUCGAUCUUGAUGGCACAUAUUUCAGACGAGAUGGCAUGGGUAGUAAUUUCAUUACCGGCCGAAGCCCAUGCAAUGAACAAUCCGAGCCACCAAUUAGCAACUUGGACGUAGAUCACGAAUUCUUCGAGACAUAUAUAUGGCCAACUUUGGCAAAGCGUUGCACUGCUUUCGAGUCGAUUAAAGUUUGCGGAAGUUGGGCCGGAUAUUAUGAGUAUAAUACGUUUGAUGAAAACGGUAUAGUCGGCCCACACACUUACUACAAGAACCUUUUAAUUGCAACGGGUUUUAGCGGCCAUGGUAUUCAACAAUCUCCGGCAGUGGGACGAGCUAUUUCGGAAUUAAUAUUAGAUGGUAAUUUUAAAAGUAUUGAUUUAAGUCGUCUGGGGUUCGAUAGGAUUGCUUCCAAUAGAAAAAUGUGUGAAUCAAACAUAUACUAAAUUUAUAAAUGAUAUUCAAAUAUGUAAUGCACCAGCAAGCAUUCAUAUAUAUUAAUAUGUAAAUUCCAUGUGAUACGAAUUUUCAGAUGGAAACCACCCACAAAUCCAUUCUUUAGAGCUGCCUAAUGGUGAAUGUAAAAUCGUAAAAAUACAUAUACAUAUACACGAUUAAAA